GUUCCCUUUUCCGCUUUCCCGCGCGCGCACCGGUACCGCCUCACUCCCACGCGCCCCCCAGCGCUGCCGCGCUAGACAGCGGAGAGAACAGAUACUGAGCUGUCGAAAAGGUCCACUGCAGAUCCCCCUUCCGCUCUGCCGAAAGACUUCCGCUUCGGCCGGUCAGCAUGUACGUUGCGGCUGUCUGGCGAAGCUGCUGCUGAGCAUUUGCGGACGCGCAGCUUCCCCUCUGCGGGGCCGCCCUGCUUCCCCCGGUUCCCCGCCUCCCCCCGCCCCUCGCUCCCGUCCCUGGGGUCGGCGGACUUCUCGCUACAUGGGGGCGGGCUUCCGCGGUCAGCGCACGGUUUCCUGUUCUGAGGCUGCCUGGCGGUAGGCGGUGGUGACUCUGCCCGCGCCGGCUUCGGCGCGGUGACCGAGCGCCUGGGAGGCUUGAGGACCGUAUCCUGUGCCGUUGAGCCAAGCCCGGUCCUGCGCCGCCAUGGCCCCAGUGCAGCUGGAGAACCACCAGCUGGUCCCGCCCGGAGGCGGCGGUGGGAGCAGUGGCGGACCCCAGUCUGCCCCAGCCCCUCCUCCCCCGGGAGCCGCCGUGGCGGCGGCUGCUGCAGCUGCGGCUAGCCCGGGCUACCGGCUGAGCACCCUCAUUGAAUUUCUGCUUCACCGGGCCUACUCGGAGCUUAUGGUGUUGACGGACCUACUGCCAAGGAAAUCUGAUGUGGAAAGGAAAAUAGAAAUAGUGCAGUUUGCUAGCCGGACACGCCAACUCUUUGUUCGAUUAUUAGCUUUAGUGAAAUGGGCUAAUAAUGCUGGCAAAGUGGAAAAAUGUGCGAUGAUCUCAAGCUUUUUAGAUCAGCAAGCCAUCCUGUUUGUGGACACUGCUGAUCGCCUGGCCUCGUUAGCUAGAGAUGCUCUGGUUCAUGCACGCCUGCCUAGUUUUGCCAUCCCAUAUGCCAUUGAUGUACUGACUACUGGAUCUUAUCCGCGGCUGCCAACCUGCAUUAGGGAUAAAAUUAUUCCUCCAGACCCAAUUACCAAAAUUGAAAAACAAGCCACACUCCAUCAGCUGAAUCAGAUUCUUAGACAUCGGCUUGUAACCACAGAUCUUCCUCCUCAGUUAGCAAAUCUUACAGUUGCAAAUGGCCGGGUGAAGUUUCGUGUUGAAGGAGAAUUUGAAGCCACCUUGACUGUGAUGGGAGAUGACCCAGAUGUUCCAUGGCGUCUUCUCAAGCUAGAAAUUCUAGUUGAGGAUAAGGAAACAGGAGAUGGGCGAGCUUUGGUUCACAGCAUGCAAAUCAACUUCAUCCAUCAGCUGGUGCAGUCUAGGCUCUUUGCUGAUGAGAAACCUCUUCAGGAUAUGUACAACUGCCUGCAUUCUUUCUGUUUAUCACUUCAAUUAGAAGUCUUACAUUCCCAAACUCUAAUGUUAAUCCGAGAACGGUGGGGAGACCUUGUGCAGGUGGAAAGAUACCAUGCUGGAAAGUGCCUCUCCCUCUCAGUUUGGAAUCAACAGGUUCUUGGAAGAAAAACUGGAACAGCAUCUGUUCACAAAGUUACAAUUAAAAUUGAUGAGAAUGAUGUCUCCAAGCCUUUACAGAUUUUUCAUGAUCCUCCUUUGCCAGCUUCUGAUUCCAAAUUAGUAGAAAGAGCCAUGAAGAUUGACCACUUAUCAAUAGAAAAACUCCUGAUUGACAGUGUCCAUGCAAGAGCUCAUCAGAAGCUCCAAGAACUGAAGGCCAUUCUUAGAGGCUUCAAUGCCAAUGAAAACUCUUCCAUAGAGACUGCACUCCCAGCUCUUGUUGUUCCCAUCUUGGAGCCCUGUGGUAAUUCGGAGUGUCUGCACAUUUUUGUAGAUUUGCAUUCUGGAAUGUUUCAAUUGAUGCUUUAUGGACUUGACCAGGCCACUCUGGAUGACAUGGAGAAGUCUGUGAAUGAUGAUAUGAAACGGAUCAUACCCUGGAUUCAGCAACUGAAGUUUUGGCUUGGACAACAGCGUUGCAAGCAGUCAAUAAAACAUUUGCCUACGAUAUGCAGUGAAACAUUGCAGCUUUCCAAUUACUCAACUCAUCCUAUUGGAAACCUUUCUAAGAAUAAGCUGUUCAUUAAACUUACCCGCCUUCCACAAUACUACAUUGUUGUGGAGAUGUUGGAGGUUCCCAAUAAACCCACGCAACUGUCGUACAAGUACUACUUUAUGUCGGUGAAUGCUUCAGAUCGUGAAGACAGCCCUGCAAUGGCACUGCUGCUGCAGCAGUUCAAGGAAAACAUCCAGGACUUGGUUUUUCGUACAAAAACCGGGAAACAGACCAGAACCAAUGCUAAGCGCAAGUUGUCUGAUGAUCCGUGUCCAGUAGAAUCCAAGAAAACGAAACGAUCAGGAGAAAUGUGUGCCUUCAAUAAAGUUUUAGCUCACUUUGUCGCUAUGUGUGAUACAAAUAUGCCAUUUGUAGGACUUCGGUUGGAGUUGUCCAAUCUGGAGAUUCCACAUCAAGGAGUGCAAGUCGAAGGUGAUGGCUUCAGUCAUGCAAUUCGCUUAUUAAAAAUUCCUCCCUGUAAGGGUAUAACUGAGGAAACCCAAAAGGCUCUGGACCGCUCUCUUCUCGAUUGCACUUUCCGAUUACAAGGUAGAAAUAACCGCACGUGGGUAGCAGAGUUAGUGUUUGCGAAUUGCCCGCUUAAUGGCACUUCUACUAGGGAGCAAGGACCAUCCCGGCACGUUUACCUGACAUAUGAAAAUCUGUUGUCUGAGCCUGUUGGUGGUAGAAAAGUGGUUGAAAUGUUUCUUAAUGACUGGAAUAGUAUUGCACGAUUAUAUGAGUGUGUGUUGGAAUUUGCACGUUCUCUACCAGACAUACCUGCUCAUCUAAAUAUUUUCUCAGAAGUUCGAGUUUAUAAUUACCGAAAACUUAUCCUGUGUUAUGGAACCACCAAGGGAAGCUCAAUUAGUAUCCAAUGGAAUUCAAUCCAUCAGAAAUUCCAUAUUUCUUUGGGAACUGUUGGCCCAAACUCAGGUUGCAGUAACUGUCACAAUACCAUCCUCCAUCAGCUUCAAGAAAUGUUCAACAAAACACCAAAUGUGGUUCAGUUAUUACAGGUACUGUUUGAUACUCAGGCUCCAUUAAAUGCCAUCAACAAACUCCCCACUGUGCCAAUGUUGGGCUUGACCCAGAGAACCAACACUGCAUACCAGUGCUUCUCCAUUCUGCCACAGUCGUCCACCCACAUCAGACUGGCCUUCAGGAACAUGUAUUGCAUUGAUAUAUACUGCCGGAGUCGAGGUGUUGUGGCAAUACGGGAUGGUGCCUAUAGUCUUUUUGAUAACAGCAAAUUAGUUGAAGGUUUUUAUCCUGCACCAGGACUAAAGACGUUCCUGAAUAUGUUUGUGGACAGCAAUCAGGAUGCUCGAAGAAGGUCUGUAAAUGAGGACGAUAAUCCCCCUUCUCCCAUAGGAGGAGAUAUGAUGGAUUCUUUAAUAUCGCAGCUCCAGCCACCACCCCAGCAACAGCCAUUUCCAAAGCAGCCAGGAACAUCAGGCGCUUAUCCUCUUACUUCACCCCCUACAUCUUAUCACAGCACAGUCAAUCAGUCUCCCUCUAUGAUGCACACACAGUCUCCAGGAAAUCUGCAUGCUGCCAGCUCCCCCAGUGGGGCUUUGAGAGCCCCAUCACCAGCGUCAUUUGUUCCAACUCCUCCCCCAUCCUCGCAUGGAAUCUCAAUAGGACCAGGGGCCAGUUUUGCUAGUCCACAUGGAACUCUUGACCCUAGUUCCCCAUACACUAUGGUGUCACCAAGUGGACGAGCAGGGAACUGGCCAGGAUCUCCUCAAGUGUCUGGCCCCUCACCAGCAACACGCAUGCCUGGAAUGUCACCAGCCAACCCCUCAUUACAUUCUCCGGUUCCAGAUGCUUCUCAUUCCCCUCGAGCUGGAGCAAGUUCCCAAACAAUGCCAACGAACAUGCCUCCACCUCGUAAACUACCUCAGCGCUCUUGGGCGGCAUCCAUACCUACCAUCCUCACUCACAGUGCCUUGAACAUUUUGCUGCUGCCCUCUCCAACGCCAGGCCUCGUGCCCGGCCUGGCAGGUAGUUACCUUUGUUCUCCACUUGAGAGAUUCCUUGGAUCAGUCAUCAUGAGACGGCAUCUUCAAAGAAUUAUUCAACAAGAAACGCUGCAGCUGAUCAAUUCCAACGAACCCGGAGUGAUCAUGUUUAAGACCGAUGCACUGAAAUGCAGAGUAGCCCUUAGUCCCAAAACCAACCAGACACUUCAGCUAAAAGUGACACCUGAAAAUGCAGGACAGUGGAAACCUGAUGAACUUCAAGUUUUGGAGAAAUUCUUUGAAACAAGAGUUGCAGGACCACCAUUUAAAGCUAAUACGUUAAUAGCCUUCACCAAGCUAUUAGGAGCUCCUACACACAUCCUGAGGGAUUGUGUGCACAUUAUGAAGCUGGAGCUGUUCCCUGACCAGGCAACACAGCUAAAAUGGAAUGUUCAGUUUUGCCUGACCAUCCCUCCCAGUGCACCGCCGAUUGCACCUCCUGGGACACCUGCUGUGGUGCUGAAAUCCAAAAUGUUAUUUUUUCUUCAACUAACUCAGAAAACAUCGGUCCCUCCCCAAGAACCCGUUAGUAUUAUAGUUCCAAUCAUUUAUGACAUGGCUUCAGGUACAACCCAGCAGGCAGACAUUCCCAGACAGCAGAACUCUUCUGUUGCUGCUCCCAUGAUGGUCAGCAACAUUCUGAAGAGGUUUGCAGAGAUGAAUCCUCCACGACAAGGUGAAUGCACAAUAUUUGCAGCUGUUCGUGAUUUAAUGGCUAAUCUUACACUGCCCCCUGGUGGGCGUCCAUAGACACUAUUGUUUUUAAACCAGGAAGGCUGACAGAUGAGACAAAACAACAAAAAUAAAUCUGAAUUCAGCCUUCAGUUUAAAAAAGGAAAAGGACUUUUUUAAAAAAAAGAGCUAAUUAUUCUAAACUGGCAAAAAUUUUCAGGGUGCACUUCUUUCAUCAAAAUGAUCAUCAGUCUUUUGUAUAAUGAACUUGUAUAGUGUGUUUAAAUGGGACACAUUUCAAAGUAGGAAAUAAAUCAGUGUCCGUUUGCCAGUAAUAGAUUUAAUAUUCUGUUUUAUACUAUAAAGUUAUGAAAUGCCAAACUUGUUUAUUUAAUUGUUUUCUUAUGUUUUGGGUGUAAUAGUCCAUUUUUGGUUUUUGUUUUGUUUUUUAAGGCAGGUCUGUCAUUUUUGAAUACUGUAAAACUGUGAUCAACUUUAUAUUGAAGCUGUAUUUUAAUAUGACCGCUUUGAAUCCUCACAUGAAUUUGUUCUGGGAGUUGUUAUAAACACACCCCAAGGAAGCAAUAUUUAUUAAAACUAGGUAAAAAAACAAAACAAAACAGUGACACUCACUUGUGUGUAUAUGAAUUCUAGAGACAGCUUAGGCCCUCCCUUCAUCUUUAACCUGGUGAAUGGAGCCAGUAAUUAAUUUCUAAUAAUACAUGUCUGAAAUUUGACCAAAAACAUCUUCUUUAUGUCAAGGUUAAUUUAUUUUCUUCAGACAUUCCUAGCUUGACUAGUGGUUAACAUUUAGCACCUCAGUUGUCUUUGAGUACAUAGGAUUUGGUGAAAAAUAAGGAACUUAGUACGUGGUUCAUAUUGAUAUAGGAUCCCACAUGCAAUCAUUCUCAUCUGAAGAGGAUGUGGGAACUUUUCUGUCAGGCAAAUUUAGUUUACAGAAUACUUCUGCAUACAACAUGAAUUAGGAAACAAAGAAUUUUAAUGCUGUACUCCUGCAUGAAGUUUCUGUGAGCUUUCUUUAUCUUGCUUGACUUCUCCUCCUUGCCUUCCCCACCAAAAUUGGGAUUUUUCUAAACAAUCUCAAUUUAAUUCAUUGUCAACAAAAUGAUAGAAUGUUUUGCUUGGAAGAAACCUGGUCCAUUCUCCUCAUUUUGAAGAAUCCAGGAUUCUGGGCCUGUCCAGUGUCAGAUGGAGUUUUUGGUACUGAUGCAUCUCUGCAGAGUUUCUUUGGAGCACUGUGCUGUCUUCCUAGUCAGUCAGGGACUUUUUUAAGCUUCAAAGAACAUGAUCUGAUGCAAAGGUCUUUUACCAACUUCAUGUUAUUUAGGAAAGUUUUUUAAAUGAUACCAUGCCGAGUUAUCUGGUCACUGUAAUACUGUUUCUCCAUUAAAAUGUAUAUGCUUUGUCUAAUUCCACUUUAAGAUGAUUUAAUUGAGCUUCUAUAACUAUCAGCUACCAAAUUCUAGUUUCAAGCAUCUGACUGCAACUGUAUCAUUUCUGUUCUCAACUUUGCUUGGUUCUCCACUCAUUUUCAAUCAGAGUUGAGGCCUUCUUUGCCUUUCUUCUUUGUCUUGUUUCUGCCUUCAUCUCCCACUUCUCACCCAACUCUGCCACUGUUCAGGAGCAGUUGACUAAACUUUUAUCCUUCCUUUAACUGAACCUUUUUAUCUUUCUGUUUUUAGUUCUUAACAGUGGUAAUCACAUCAGUUUGGCAAUCUAAGAUGUCUUUUAUCAAGGGUCAGCCCUUUUCUAUUUGGAGCUGAAUCUUUUCUUUCAUGUAGAAAUCUACAUGUAUAUAUAAGAAAUGUAUUUUUAUCUGCAGGAUAAUAUUGUUUCAAAUAAUUUUAUUAAGAGUUAACUUUUUAGGUAUUUUCCCUUUUAAUGUGGUUUUGAAAUGUUAAUUGCAUUUUUACACAUGAUGCAUUCAAUGGACUCUCUUUUUUCCUAAUUAUAACUCAUCUCUGAAUGCAUUGUGUCAAUCAAGAGGAAGAUAGGAUUCAGUGAACAGAAUUUGCUUUUGAUGCUUACUAAGAGUAAACUCAUGAAUUUGAAUUUUUAUAUUAUGCUUGGUACUUGGAAUUGAUAUAUACCUUAUUAAAGCUUGAAAACAUUUAGCAUUUGAAUAGUAAGUUUCAUCACAAUUCAUGUCUUUUGCCUCUUUUGUUACGCAGGUUCAAUCAAAGGGACUGGAUGCCCGUAGUGAUUUUCUCUAAUAAUUGGGUUGGGACUUAACUUUAAGGUGUUUUCAAUGUGAUUUUAGUAUUUACAGUAAUAAAUAAACUUUAUACAAAGUUUCAGAGAA